ACUGCUUGCUUACAGUCAGUCAUCUGCUCUUAAGUCCAGUCAGUGGUAAGAACUGUCUCAGUUUCAACUUGAAUAAUUAUCUACAGAAGCUAUGAAACAGAAACUUUUAUAAGGAUGUUAAAACUAAAGCAAUGCCUUCAGAUCAUUUGUUCAAAAUAUUAGUUAUUGGUCGGUCAAAAGUGGGUAAAACAUCUUUUGUACAACAUUAUGUUAAUGGCGUUUUCAGUGAAGGGUACAAAACCACCAUUGGCGUGGACUUUGCUAUGAAAACAAUUGAAUGGUCCAGUGAACAAACCAUGAGGCUGCAGUUUUGGGAUAUAGAAGUCUCCUCUCAUCUUUCAGGACAAGAGGAUACCUUACCGUUUACAAGAGCCUUUUAUAAAGAUGCACAUGCUUGUAUCAUAAUGUUUGAUUUGACCAGUCAGAAAUCCUUUCAAUAUUGCACCUUACUGAAGAAAACUGUGGAUGAUGUGAUACUGAGUGGAAAUGGACUUCCAAUACCUUGCAUUCUUCUGGGAAAUAAGAGUGACCUCACAGAACAUGCUGUGUCAAGUCAAGAGAUAGAGGACACUUCCAGGUUACUUCAAUUUAUUGCAUGGAAGGAGAUAUCAGUUAAGGAAAACAUACACAUUGAAGAAACAGUCAGAUGUAUUGUGGAAGCUCUCAUGGAAAAACAACAACCAGAUGAAAUUCUUGAAUGUGCAAGGCCGAAAGAUGAAAUUCUGGAGAACCAGUUAGAAACCAAACUCAACCGAAACACACAGCAAAGUUCCUGCUGUGGUGCUGGUGUAAAAAGAAAUGCCUUUUAAAUAUUACCAACUACUCACAAUAAAAUCUCUGCUGUGCCAUGGUUCUGAGAUUAUAUACUUGCAAUCGAAUUAUGAUUUAGACUUUUUCCUCCUCGUACAUACAAUGUGAACAGUAAUCAUUGGCACAGCACAGCAGCUGCACAGUUUAUAUGGAUAGAAAAUGUAGGAGAAAUGGUGGGAUUUUUAGUGCCUUGGUUUCAGCAUCAUUGUGGAAGUAUGUUUUUUUCUUUUGGAUUGGCGAUGACCCCAAUUUCACAGAACUGUGCACUGUGUUUAUUUUUUGUGGUCCUGCUUGAUGAUCAAGCACAAGCUUCUCCAGGCAUCCAUUUCUUUAGGUGAACACUCACUAUUUUAUAUUUGACCAUUCUAUGAAUUUAAAAAAAAUUAUGCAGUAUAUGUGUGUGUGUAUGUGUGUGUGUGUGUGUGUGUGUGUACUGUAUACUCUAUCUGUAGCCUAUACACAUAUUAGCUUCUUUAUUUUCUCAAAUGCAACAUCAUAUGUAUAUGUUAAUGGCUAUGGAUAACUGGUGCUUAAUGUGAAUUGUGCUACCUUAUCUGACCUGUGUUCUGUAGUAGUUACAACAACCACCAGUAUGGUUAUUUUGCCUCACUUUGGAUAAAAGUGCCUGCCAAAUAACAUGUAAUCUCAUAUUACAUAUAUAUGUAAUAUAUCUGAGGAGAAUGGUUUGAAAUAUUAUGUUGAAAGUUUAGCAAAUAUUCAUUUAGUGUCAUUUUCAUUUUCACUACAACCUGUGAAUUGAAUGUUUAUGAAACCAUUGCUUAGAAACUUUAUUAACUUUGUUAGUGAAGUUGGCUACAUGUAGAUAGAUCACAUGCAUGCUGUAGUGAAUUCAAGUUCCCCUGAUUGAAAUGAAUGCAGGUAAACUACCGAAGCCUAGGCAGUUUGCUAUGUUUUAUUAUGAGUGAACCCUGAUGAGGACGGGAGUCUUUGUUAGCAGCUUUGUUCGCUUUUAUUAGUGAAGUUGGCUACAUGUAGCUAGAUAGCAUGCAUGCUGUAUCAAAUUAAUUUUCCCUGAUUUAAAUAAAUGGAGGUGAAUU